AUGAAUUUAACUGAUUAUUACCUGAAUAUUUACCCAACAAAGUGCCCAGCCGACACUCGAUUUCUGGCUUCUAAAGAAGGUUUGAUCUUAACCUCGCGUACUAUUGGGGUGGUUUUUCUACCAGUUCAUAUUCUAACAACUUAUUGUAUUUUGAAGAAGACUCCAGCAAGUAUGAGCUCCGUGAAGUUCAGCCUGGCAAAUUUAAACUUUUGGCUUUUCCUUUCCCAAAUUGUGUUUUCAUUUUUCAUUAUGCCAUCCUUCUUUCUACCGUUAAUAGGUGGGACUUGCGUCGGAUUUGCCACAGAUUUAGGUGUCCCGCUGCCCCUUCAAAUUUGUUUCAUUUUUUAUUUAACUGGUGUUAUAUCGAUUUCCAUUGUUCUGCAAUUUGAAAACCGGAGCAGUUUGAUUUUGAGGAACAAAUUUCGCAUAAAAGGUACACGGUAUCGAACGUAUUGGUUUCUCGCCAACUUCUUCGCAUUUAUGAUUUUUUCGGUCAUAAAUUUCCUGAAUAUCCCGGAUCCAGAUCAGGCAAGAAUAGAUAUCUUGGAGAUCCUUCCAUGCCCCACCAAAGAGUUCUUCACAGAGCCCUUCUUUGUGCUCGCCGCUCCAGGAUUCUGGGAAGACUAUAUGGUUACGAUCUCUUCAUUGCUAAACCUGGCGAUUAUAUUUCAAAUUUCAUUGUUCUCCACCUGCUGCAUUUAUUACCUAUUCAUUGAUAGAAGCUCAUUUACUUCGGCGCAAACUCAAAAAGUUCAAGCUCGAUCGUUUAUUGGAAUUGUCCUGCAAACCUUCUUGCCUAUACUUUUAGUGGUUUUGGCUUUGGUGACACUUUUGAAGAAGAACGGAGGAUAUGAUCAAGUGGCCAAUAAUCUUACGUUUAUUUUCUCGAAUUUUCAUAGUGGUGUUGCGAGUUCGUCGAUUCUUCUGGUGCAACAUCCUUAUCGGAAAUUUUUGAUUUCACUUUUUUGCAAGAAAAAGAAAGUUCAACCUGUGGCUGCAUUAUCUACGGUUUCUGUGUCUUCUUGA